UCCGCGCUCCGCAAAGGCUUAUUGGGCCUUCUGAGACCGUCAGGAAGGCACCGUGGCGCAGGUGAGAGGAAGCGCCAGACUUCCCUGUGCAUUGUCCUUCAGGCCAGCGUGAAACCAGUUCUCGCAAAGUCUGGGGCUCCUUCUGUGAUCCGUUCCUCCAGCGUCAUGGCAGUCCCAGGUUGCAACAAGGACAGUGUCCGAGCAGGCUGCAAGAAAUGUGGCUACCCUGGACACCUGACUUUUGAAUGCCGUAAUUUUCUCAGAGUAGACCCCAAAAGGGACAUAGUUCUGGAUGUUAGUAGCACCAGCAGUGAAGAGAGCGAUGAAGAGAAUGAAGAACUAAAUAAAUUGCAGGCACUGCAAGAAAAAAGAAUAAAUGAAGAGGAAGAGAAGAAAAAAGCAAAAAGCAAAGAGAAGAUCAAGUUGAAAAAAAAAAGAAAGAGAUCUUAUUCAUCCAGUUCCAGUGAAGAGGACGCAUCAAAACAAAAGAAACAAAAAUCUCAGAAGAAAGAAAAGAAAAAAGAAAAAAAAAAUAAAUCAAAAAAAGGGAAACAUCACAAAAAAGACAAAAAGAAGAGAAAGAAGGAAAAGCAUUCUUCAACCCCAUGAUAGUUCUGAAAUCUCCAAAAAGUAAUUGAGACUUUAGAGUGUACCAUUAAAUUUAGUAUUCUGGUUUUGAAAAUUAGUUGGCCUUCCUUUGAAUUUGCUAUAUACUUUCCAAUAAACCAUGGCCCUUUC